AUCAUAAUAAUAAACCUUCACAUUUAUAUUUGUCGUGAAAAUAUUUGAAAAAAUAAAAAAAAUUAACUUUGCUGAUGAUAGAUAGUAUUAAAACUCGACAAGAACUUCUCGUGAAAAUCCCCACACACGCACUAAAAGCUCCUCUCUCUCAACUUAAAAACCCAAUUGGGCUCUUCUCUCUCUCUCUAGUCUCUCUCUCUCUACUCUCUCUCUCUCUCUCUCAUCAGUCAUCACAAAGGAAACUCGUGAGGAGGAGGAGGAAGAAGCGCUCUCAAAAAUUCACGAGCUUUUCAACUUGUCAAUCUCCUUCAAAUACCCCACCAUUUCUUCCCCAACCAGAAAAUAAAACAUGCACGAUAACAAAACCACGAUUUUCCCAUAUUUUCGUCUUCCUCGACAAUGGCAUCCGAAAGUCGACUCCUCUUCCCCAUACUAACAACCCUCUACUUUCUUCUUCUUCACACUCUUUCCCAUGCACAGCAUCUUCAGACCUACAUUGUUCAGCUCCACCCGAACGGGCUAUCUCGUUCUCCUCACCGCACCUCCGGCCGUCUUCGAUGGCACCUCUCUUUCCUCGACAAAUCCAUCUCCACCAACCAAGAGGAUUCCUCCUCACGCCUCCUAUAUUCCUACAGCUCCGCCAUCGAAGGCUUUGCUGCUCAACUCUCUCAAUCCGAAGUCGAGAUUUUGAAAAACACGCCGGAAGUUAUUGCGGUGAGGCCUGAGAGAAGGGUGGAAAUUCACACUACAUACUCCUACAAAUUCUUGGGACUGAGUCCCACUGCACAAAACGGUGCCUGGAUCAAAUCCUCGUUCGGCCGAGGCUCCAUUAUCGGAGUCCUCGACACCGGAAUUUGGCCGGAGAAUCCUAGCUUCGACGACCGCGGGAUGCCUCCGGUUCCCCAGAAAUGGAGAGGGAUAUGCCAGAGCGGAGAAGGUUUCGACUCCACAAACUGCAACCGAAAACUCAUCGGAGCCCGGUUUUUCAGCAGGGGCCACCGCGUGUCGUCGCCGGAAUAUUCCCCGGAGGCGGUGGCCGAGUACGUCUCCCCCCGCGACUCCCAUGGCCACGGCAGCCACACCGCCUCCAUCGCAGGAGGAUCUCCGGUCCGAACCGCCAACGUGCUCGGAAAGGGGGCCGGCGAGGCACGAGGGAUGGCCCCCGGGGCCCACAUUGCCGUCUACAAGGUCUGUUGGUUCAGCGGCUGCUACAGCUCCGACAUUCUGGCGGCGAUGGACGAGUCUAUAAGAGAUGGAGUAGAUGUACUCUCGCUCUCGCUCGGUGGAUUCCCGGUCCCACUAUACGAGGACACCAUCGCAAUCGGAAGCUUCCGGGCGAUGCAGCACGGUAUCUCAGUGGUCUGCGCCGCGGGUAAUAAUGGCCCGGUCGAGAACUCCGUCGCCAAUGAGGCUCCUUGGAUCACCACCGUCGGUGCAAGCACGCUCGACAGGAAUUUUCCGGCUAUAGUUCGAUUGAAUAACGGGAAAUUCCUCUACGGAGAAUCAAUGUACCCAAAGAACGGAGUUUCAAUUGCAGAGAAAGAGCUUGAGCUGGUUUACUUCUCAGGUGGUGAUAAAGGAAGUGAGUUUUGCCUGAGAGGUUCUCUUACAAGAUCCAAGGUCAGGGGCAAAAUGGUCGUUUGUGACCGGGGCGUAAACGGGCGGGCCGAAAAGGGUCAAAUAGUCAAAGAAGCCGGCGGUGCAGCAAUGAUAUUAGCCAACACAGAGAUAAAUUUAGAGGAAGAUUCGGUCGAUGUUCAUGUUCUACCAGCAACAUUACUCGGUUCCGAAGAAUCUUAUAAACUCAAACGCUACAUAAACUCAACAAAAGCCCCUAAAGCAAGAAUCAUAUUUGGAGGAACCGUGAUUGGAAAAUCAAGAGCACCUGCAGUAGCUCAGUUUUCAUCGAGGGGGCCGAGUUACACCGACCCCUCGAUUCUCAAACCGGACAUGAUCGCCCCCGGUGUCAACAUCAUCGCCGCCUGGCCGCAGAAUCUAGGACCGAGCGGCCUUCCAGAAGAUUCUAGAAGAGUCAACUUCACCGUCAUGUCAGGGACUUCCAUGGCCUGCCCCCACGUCAGCGGGCUCGCUGCCCUUAUCCGCUCGGCCCACCCGAAGUGGACCCCAGCGGCGGUCAAGUCCGCCCUCAUGACAACCGCUGAUGUCAGCGAUCGUUUAGGAAGGCCGAUAAUGGACGGGUAUAAACCUGCUGGGCUGUUUGCUGUUGGAGCAGGGCAUGUGAAUCCCGAGAGAGCUAUUGAUCCUGGAUUGAUAUACGAUAUCUUACCGGACGAACACGUGACUCAUCUCUGUACGCUAGGGUACAGUGGAUCGGACAUAUUUAGUAUAACUCAUAGGAAUGUGAGCUGCCGUGAGAUUUUGCAGAGGAAUAAGGAUUUCAGCCUUAAUUAUCCCUCGUUUUCUGUGGUUUUUAAGACAGGACAAACGAGGAAGAUGAUGAAGAGACGAGUGACGAAUGUGGGGGAGGCUAAUUCUGUUUACUCGGUGGAAAUGGAGGCGCCUGAGGGAGUCGGUAUGAGAGUUAGGCCACGAAGUUUGGUGUUCAAACGCGUGAACCAGACUUUGAGUUACAGAGUUUGGUUUACGUCUAAGACAAGAAACGGGACUAAAAAUACGAGGUUCGGACAAGGGCGUUUGGCUUGGGUGGAUAGAAACGGUUCUUACAGGGUUCAGAGUCCUAUUUCGGUGACAUGGUCAUCAACAACAAACUAGACGAAAUCUGUUUUUCUUUUCUUUUCUUUUUCCUGCUAUUGAUGCAAAAUUAACACUAUUGGCUCUAAUUCCAUCUGGGAAUUUGAGAAUUUACGAUUUGAAUAUCAUCUUGUAUUCCGAAAUCAAGAAAGCCGAAAAGACCCUUCAUAUAUAUCGAAACAAAUUUGCCUUCCACAAUAAAUCAUCUCUCAAGUCAUCAAUACUUGAAUUUUCACCCUACUUACACUGCAUCAAGAAAAUCGGGAAAAAAAAAUUACGAGCGAAAAAAAA